UUUCGUGUUGGUCGGAGCUCAGCUGGAAGGCUUGGCUGGCGGCGGAUGACGUCGCGUUUGUUUACCCGGGGCGGCUUGUUGCAGCAGCGGCAGCGGCAGGGUCGAGAGGACGGGGCUGGAGGGAGCGGCAAUGCAGGAGGUUGUGGCCGGGUUGUGAUGAACAAGGAGCGGCGGCCAAAGUGACCGGUGGCGGUGGCAGCAGCGGCGGCCACUUCCUGGUUGGACCUUUGUGUGGGCUGGCAGCGCGCACGCCAUUGGUGGAGGCGGCGGCAAAGUGAUACAUUCUCCGACCGAUGUAGCGGUUUGCGGUGUCUCCGCUCCAACACAACAUCGUCGCCGCUGCUGCUGCUGCUUCCAGCACCACCACCAGCCCGCUUCCUCCCUAACCCCCGUGGGCAUGGCUUCUUCCCACUGCCCCGAGAACGCUGCAGCCCACACAGAGGAAGCCUGAAGCCCGAUCCCAGUGCAAUGCGGGCACACCAGUCCACAUUACACGGCGGCGGCGGCGGCGGCGGCUCCACCAUCUUCAUCAUCAUGCCAACCCGAUCCCGUUCAGCCUGGACUUUACUACUGCACGUCUUUCUCCUCAGCUCCCCGUUGCCCACGGACGUCGGCAAGGGGGUCCUGGGACAAGAGAUUAUCCAAGUCAAGGGUGUUUUCGACAGAGUCUAUCUGGUGGUUGUCAACAACAGCGUGCAGAAGAUAUUCGCUUUCAAUCACACGGUUUCCCGGGACAAGACAGAGGGGGUGCGUGUCCACGUUAACGUUAUCUCUGAACAAGCCAAAAACCCCGUGCUCUUCGUGAUCCGGCAGCAGAAAGCGGUGGUCUCCUUCCAGGCACCACUCAUGCUCAGGGGACUGUACCAGAGGAAAUACAUCUACCAGGAUGUGAGUCGCACACUUUGUCAAUCGGAGGUGAAGAGUGAAUUGCAGAUGCAGUACUUCUAUGUGGAUGUCUCCACCCUGUCGGAAAAGAACGCCUCUGUCCAGCUCUACGUCAAACGCAUCAAGCACUUCAUCCUCGGAACUGCAGAACCGUUCAAGUUUAACGCAACGCCGUCUCAGCCGCAGUACUUUAGGUACACAUUUUCUGACGGUGAGGAGUCCGUAAUCGUGAAAGUGACCUCGGAUUCCGUGUUUCCCUGCUCCGUCGUCUCCAUUCAGGAUGUUCUGUGUCCUGUCAAUGACCUGGACAACAAUGUCGCGUUUAGUGGUACCUAUCAAACCAUGACCAAGAAAGGAGCCAUAACCAUACAGCGGAAGGAUUUCCGAAACAGCAGUUUUUAUGUGGUGGUGGUGGUGAAGACGGAGGACGAGGCGUGUGGAGGGGCCCUGCCCUUUUACCCCUUGAAAGAAGAUGAGCCAAUGGGCUUGGGAAAUCGGAGCAAGAUUCUGACCGUAACUGUGGUGCCAGCUGUGAAUUCUCUGGCCUACGUCAAAGGGGUGCUCUUCAGCCUGGGGAUUUUCCUGGCGUUUUACCUGCUCACACUGCUCAUCGCUUGCUGGGAACACAGCAGGCAACAAAACAAAAGGGAGAGACUUCUGGGCAAAAUGUCACCUCCGGAUCAGUGUGAUCCGUUACUAGCAGGUAGUUACAAUUCCCAGAGUCCCGACCUCUACACUGGAAGUCCAGCAUGUCCAAGCUACGGAUCCUGUGAGAAUGGUUCCACUCUUGGCUCUGAGGCCAUUACAGACAGCAUGGAGUCCGAUUCUACAUACGGCUACAUGGAGCGCCCCCUGGAGAACGUGAUCCGCCCACGCCUCGAUUCCCUCAGCUCCAUCGAGGAAGACGAGUACGACACACUGACGGACAUCGACUCCGACAAAAACGUCAUCAGAACCAAGAAGUUUCUGUACGUCUCCGACCUUUCCCGGAAGGACAAGCGUGUCCUCAGUAAAAAGUACAAGAUCUACUUCUGGAACAUUGCGACGAUCGCAGUUUUCUAUGCCCUGCCGGUGAUUCAGCUGGUGAUCACAUAUCAGACGGUUUUCAAUAUCACAGGGAAUCAGGAUAUCUGUUACUACAACUUCUUGUGCGCUCAUCCCUUGGGUGUGCUGAGUGCAUUCAAUAAUAUCCUGAGUAACCUUGGUUACCUGAUGUUGGGCCUGCUGUUCCUUCUCAUUGCCCUGCAGCGUGAGAUCCUGCACAAACGAGCCCUGAUGCGGAACGACGUCUGUGCCCUGGAAUGUGGAAUCCCGAAACACUUUGGGUUAUUUUAUGCGAUGGGAACGGCGUUGAUGAUGGAGGGCCUCCUCAGUGCCUGCUACCAUGUCUGCCCGAACUACACCAAUUUCCAGUUUGACACAUCCUUCAUGUACAUGAUAGCCGGCCUUUGCAUGCUUAAACUCUACCAGAAGCGCCACCCUGACAUCAACGCCAGCGCCUACUCUGCCUACGCCAGCCUUGCCUUGGUCAUCUUCAUCUCCGUGUUGGGAGUGGUCAUUGGAAGGGAUUACAUUGUAUUCUGGGCAGUUUUCUCCUUCAUUCACAUCUUGGCCACACUGCUGCUCAGUAUACAGCUCUAUUACGUGGGUCGUUGGAAACUGGAUAUAGGGAUAUGCAGAAGGAUUAUUCGUGUAAUUUAUUCUGACCACAUCAGGCAAUGCAGUGGACCUGCUUAUAUAGAUCGGAUGGUACUGCUGAUCAUGGGGAACAUUGUGAACUGGUCAUUAGCUGCAUACGGACUUAUUCUGAGGCCGAAAGAUUUUGCCUCCUACUUGCUGGCAAUUGGGAUCUGCAACCUGCUGCUGUAUUUUGCAUUUUACAUCAUCAUGAAGUUGCGUAGUGGUGAACGGAUCCGAGCCAUUCCGCUGAUCUGCAUCAUCUGUACGGCGGUGGUCUGGGGAUUCGCUCUCUUCUUCUUCUUCCAGGGUCUCAGCACAUGGCAGAAAACGCCGGCAGAAUCCCGGGAGCACAACAGAGACUGCAUCCUGCUCGAAUUCUUUGACGAUCAUGACAUUUGGCAUUUUUUGUCCUCCAUAGCACUAUUCGGAUCUUUCCUUAUCUUGCUGACCCUGGAUGAAGAUUUGGAUGGGGUACCGAGAGACAAAAUCUAUGUGUUCUAAGGCCUGGAGGAGCUGAUGUACAGGAACAGGGACUGCACUGCAGGCGUGAUGCCUCCAUCACUUGCGGCACCUUCCUCCGGAGGCAGGGGGGGGGGGCAGGACCUGCAGGGCCGUUGCCAGCAAGUUGAGGAGGCGCUGGGGCCAGUUGCUUUGUGCUAGCCCAUGACUGCUGCCUUGCCGCAGAGCCUCCAGGAGGACAGCAUGGAGCGAAGACGGUGGCUUGGCUUGGUCCAAUGUUGAUUGGCCUGCGAUCGUUUCAGACCCAGCAUCAUCUCCAUCUUGCCUCCCAAUGUUACUUUUCUAAGAGGCUGCUCAUGUUCGAAGAACUCUAUUUUUAUGCGCAGAGAGCCGGAUAAAACGGCGGCAAAAAUGGAAAAUGAUUCUUCAGUGGCGACCCUUCUCUCGCCACUUGUAUCAGUCCUAACCAAAGCCGCACAGCCGAGAGGAGAGAAUGAUAUCAGAAGAAGAACAUAUCCUUGGUUUUAAAAACAAAAUAGCCUUGUUGGUGCCAUGCCACAACCUCGCGAAUGGAAAACCGCGAGGAUGAAGUGUUUGUGGAAACAUAGACUGGGUUAGGUGGUGGGAUCGCGUUGGACCCAGCCCUGUGGAGCUCAUGCAUCAAGCCCAACCCAAAGGGUGGUCUUUGAGUUCCCGGUGACCAAUCUGUGGGGCAACAUUGGCUUUCAAAGCGUCAAUACAACUUGUUUGUUGGCUAGGACGUUGGUUUAGCCAACGCAUGGGCCCCAGCUGUGCCUGCAGAAAAUGAUGGCCGAGAUCCGUACCUCUAAGCCAAACUACGAUGGUGGACCUCUGUUAGGCAACAGUCGACAUCUCGCGACUGAAUCUUGCACUGGUUCCUGAAGCAUGUCAAAAGGAACGUGUCAGAAUGAAACAAUGACGAACAUGAUCUGAACGUUGGUGCUUUUCCACCCUGCUGGUUGAGGUUUGGCGUUAGGUUGCACUGAAGUGGGGGCCUGUGUUCAGUUCACAGACACUGCAAACAACACUUAGAUUAUGUUUGGUAUCUGCACCAUGCACAACUUGCCCUAAAAACCGAUCCCUGGCUGGUAGUUCUACACAGUUGCAGGGAGGGGGGGGGGUGGGGGGGCAGAGUAUAAUAUGUCUCUAUGCAGUAUGUCCCUGCUAUCAACCAGGGCUGAAUUUCAAGGGAAUUUUACUUUUGCUGGGUGUAAUAUGAAAAUAUUAUCUCCUCUACGUUUUACUGUAGAAUAUCUCCCCCCCCCCACCCUGUUGAAGGACCUUCCCCAGCAUGGGAUCAGUAUUCAGGACUAUGUGUUUUACAUUGUAAGCUGCUUUCAUUGUUUGACCACGGGUUAACACUUGCCUACUUCUGUUGCGUUGACUUGGUGGUUUAAUCCAAGAUGUGUCUUCUGUUUAAAGUGCUCAGGUUAAUUUUCGCAGGGAGUUUGAGUAAGUUUUCCCGGUACUUCUCUCCAAGGUAGCCGCCCGUAUCCGCACGGUAUUACACGGGCGGUAUCUCCAGUUGUCACUUCCAUGCAUUAGACUUUCAACGUGCCGUGUCUGUGCUCCCGCUCACAAACGUUGCCUAUUUCCUUCGCUCCAUAGGUGCUGCUGCACCCGCUGAGUUUCUCCAGCACUUUUGUCUACCUUCCCACUCACAAAGACGUCUCUGAGCAGCGGAGAGAGACACAAAAUGCUGGAGUAACUCAGCAGGACAGGCAGCAUCUCUGGAGAGAAGGAAUGGGUGACGUUUCGGGUCGAGACCCUUCUUCAGACUGAGAGUCA